GGCAGCCAUUUUUGUUCACUAACUGGGUCGUCAAGUGUCUGAAAAUCCACUUUUAUCGCAAUUUAGCCCAACCAUCGAGAAGUGCAUACUGCAUUAAAAUGUUCCAGAAACAUUUAAGAUUUUGUCUCCUGGUUCUAGUUUUGGUUUAUGGUGCCGGUGGGGACGAACAUACGCAUAUUUAUAAAGAUGCUGAAGAAGUGGUGUUAUGGAUGAAUACAGUUGGACCUUACCAUAACAGACAGGAAACUUAUGAAUAUUUCUCUCUACCAUUCUGUCGAGGGUCAAAAGAAAGUAUCGGCCAUUAUCAUGAAACUCUGGGAGAAGCUCUGUUGGGUGUUGAGUUAGAGUUCAGUGGAAUAGAUAUUGAUUUUAAAGGUGAUAUGAGUAAAACAGAGUACUGUAGUGUAGAAUUAAAUGAAGAUAAACUACAGGCGUUCGUGUAUGCUGUUCAGAAUCAUUAUUGGUAUCAGAUGUAUAUUGAUGAUUUACCUAUCUGGGGUAUAGUUGGUGAAAUUGAUGAAAAUAAUGGAAAAGAAUACUACAUCUGGAGCCACAAAAAGUUUGAUAUUGGUUAUAAUGGUAGGCAGAUAGUUGAUGUCAAUUUAACUAGCGAAGUUAAAGUAAAACUAGAAAUGAAUGCUAAAAUACCAUUUACAUAUGAGAUUAAAUGGCAUACAUCUAAAAUCCGAUAUGAAGACCGAUUUGAUAAAUAUUUAGACCCCAAUUUCUUCCAACAUAGAAUUCACUGGUUCAGUAUAUUUAAUUCGUUUAUGAUGGUAAUAUUUCUGGUUGGUCUAGUCUCUAUGAUAUUAAUGAGAACCCUACGUAAAGAUUAUGCUAGAUAUAGUAAAGAAGAGGACUUAGAUGAUAUGGAGAAAGAUCUAGGUGAUGAGUAUGGUUGGAAACAAGUUCAUGGUGAUGUAUUUAGACCAGCCUCCCAUCCUCUGUUAUUCUCAGCCCUAAUAGGUACUGGUUACCAUAUUGGAACUGUAUCACUCUGUGUUAUAUUGUUUGCUAUAGUUGGUGAAUUAUAUACUGAACGUGGAUCGUUAUUAAGUACGUCUAUAUUUGUGUAUGCUGCUACAGCUCCUGUCAAUGGAUACUUUGGAGGUGGACUAUAUUCUAGAAUGGGAGGUAAACUAUGGAUAAAACAGAUGAUGGCUAGUGCAUUUUUGAUGCCAGCAUUAACCUGUGGGUUGGCUUUCUUUGUUAAUUUUAUAGCUAUUUAUUACCAUGCCUCUAGAGCCAUACCCUUCGGUACUAUGGUUGCUGUAACUUGUAUCUGUAUAUUUGUUAUCCUGCCUUUAACUCUAGUGGGAACUGUAUUGGGUAGAAAUCUGGCAGGCCAACCUAACUACCCCUGUAGAAUCAAUGCUGUACCCAGACCUAUACCAGAGAAAAAAUGGUUUAUGGAGCCAGCUGUGAUAGUUGUAUUGGGUGGUAUUUUACCUUUUGGUUCUAUCUUCAUUGAAAUGUAUUUCAUCUUCACAUCAUUCUGGGCAUAUAAAAUCUACUAUGUUUAUGGUUUUAUGUUACUGGUGUUUGUUAUAUUAGCUAUUGUUACUGUCUGUGUUACUAUUGUGUGUACUUAUUUCUUACUGAAUGCUGAGGACUAUCGCUGGCAAUGGACAAGUUUUCUAGCUGCUGCCUCUACAUCAGGAUACGUCUAUCUCUAUUCAUUUUAUUAUUUCUUCUUUAAAACAAAAAUGUAUGGAUUUUUCCAGACUUCGUUUUAUUUUGGUUAUAUGGCUUUAUUUAGUGCUGCUCUAGGAAUAAUGUGUGGUACGUUUGGUUACAUGGGAACUAGCAUGUUUAUUCGUAAAAUCUACUCCACAGUCAAAAUUGACUAAAAAUAUGGUUGAAUCUGGAUAUCUGAGACUAUUUACUGAGGGACUUGAUAAAUGUGACUAUCUUACUUUUUAUGUGAACUAAUAUUAUGAAUCUUAAGUGGUGAAAGACUGAACCAAUGCAGGAGAGAGUAUGUCUAGAUAUAUCUGUGGUUAUAGUGUUGAUACAAGUGACAUUGAAUACAGUGAGCAUUCCAAUGUUUAGAAAACAUCCUCAAGUCGCCUUGCUGUAAGCCUGUGAUAAGGUUGAGAUGCAACUGUACAGAAAAUGAAAGAAAAUGUUUUAUGAUUUUAUUACAAUAACAAAUAGUCUUGCUGCUGAAUUUCAAACUUUUGAAACAUCUUGCAAUAAUCAGACAGUAGUAUUACCUAUAAAUAAACAACUUCUGAUGUCUGGUGUACAAAUAUUGACUCAAAAACAGACCAACACGAUAUCACCUAGAAAACACAGAUUUGAUAUCUGUUGACUCCUAAGUUGCUUGCUUCUUGGAUUUUGUGUUCUUUUGAAAUAUCGACCUUGAUUUCAGUGUUUUGAUGUAUAUCAAUUUUCUCUGAGUGAUGAAUGGCCCUCAUAGGUUAUCAAGUUCAGGAAUAAAGAUGAGUGUCUUACUCCUCUCAGAUUGAAUGGUUCUAUCUCUCCUGCAUUGUAAACAUGGUGUGAUAUAGAAUAAAAGUGUAAGUAAAUGGACCAGAAUAUGAUUCUGAAGGAAAGAGGAUGUUUGAAUUUAUUUACAAGUGUUCACUCUACAGUCAUGUUACAUAAUCCAAUUUAUUGAAUAUUGAUGAUUGUUUCACUUCAGUGAAGCGUAGUAUAAAUCCAAUGAAAUGUAUUUGGACUUGCCUCUUCAAAUAUCCAGCAGAUCCAAUAAGCAUGAAGCUUUUCUAAAAUGAAUAUAUAUAUAUAUAUAUAUAGCAGAAAAUUUGAAGAAAAAUGAGAAACCAUAAAUUGAAACAGCCAGGUAAUUUGAGGCCUAUGAAAAUAAAUAAUUUGUUAUUUACCAGUAUAUCGUAUCAAAUUGGAUCAUGUGCCAGCAGGUUGUAGUGUUUAUUAAAUAAAGUUAUUUUAAAUGUAAAUUAUUCUACUGAGGUUAAGAGUAGAACUGUGGGAUGUAGACGUUUAAACUGUAUAUAUAUAGAAACCUGGAACAAAUGAUGUUUGUGAUAAAUCUUAUCACUGCAUCACAUUUUGGUUAUUUUAAUGUAUUUUGUGAGUACUAGAGUAAAAUCAUCUUCAGUGAAGUUUUCAAGAAUAAGGCCCAUGAGCGUUUCUCAGUGAAAAUUUAAAACAUUAUGUGGUGAAGUUUGUAGGAAUAUAAUUACUGAGUGAUAAAUUAUAAUAAUUACAAUUUUCUAUUUGAUAUGGUUUUUACUGGUGUUUAUUUUGGUAUAGUUGAGUAAAGAAUAUGUUCUUAUCUCAGAACGAUUCAAAAUAUGAUCUGUCCACUUAUUUUUAGGUGGAAGUAAUGUUGAUUUGAAAACGGACAACAUUCAAAAUUC